AAAAACAGACCUGGGUUUUAGUCAAAUACAUCACUGUCUUUUAAAGGAAAUCAAACCUUUAAUGGAAGUCUAAUGUAUGAAGAUACAGAAACUGCUUCCGUUGAUUCAAAAUGGGAACGACAAACGAUGAGAUGGUGUCUGUGGAGCAGACCUCCCCCUCCUCCUUCAAUCCUCUGUGUUUUGAAUGCGGCCAGCAGCACUGGACACGAGAAAACCACUUAUACAAUUACCAGGACGAAGUGGAUGAUGACCUGGUCUGCCACAUUUGCCUUCAGCCUCUGCUGCAGCCACUAGACACCCCCUGUGGACAUACCUUCUGCUGCAAGUGCCUCAGAAACUUCCUGCAAGAGAAGGAUUUCUGUCCAUUGGACCGGAAGAGACUCCACUUUAAGUUGUGUAAGAAGUCUAGCAUUCUAGUUCAUAAACUUCUGGACAAAUUAUUAGUUUUAUGUCCGUUCUCUUCAGUGUGCCAAGAUGUAGUGCAGCGCUGCGACCUGGAGGCACAUCUUAAAAACAGAUGCCCUGGAGCUUCUCAUCAGAGAGUUGCCCUGGAGAGACGGAAAACUAGUAAAACUCAGACGGAGAUCGAGAAUGAAAAUGGAACCGCGGUCAUAGAUCUUCCAGCUACUUUAUCACCCGAAGCGGACUGUUCAGGGCCGACCCUGACAUCGGCGUCCCUUCCCGCCUGGACGGAGGAGCCUGGCCUGGACAACCCUGCCUUCGAGGAGAGCCCCGCCGGGGACACCACACAGCAGCCACUUAGUUUACCAGAAGGCGAAAUCACCACAAUUGAAAUUCACCGGUCUAAUCCUUAUAUUCAGCUAGGAAUUAGCAUUGUGGGUGGCAAUGAAACGCCACUGAUUAACAUUGUUAUCCAGGAAGUCUAUCGGGAUGGGAUAAUCGCCAGAGAUGGGAGACUUCUUGCUGGAGACCAGAUUCUUCAGGUCAACCACCACAACAUCAGCAGCGUGUCCCACAACCACGCCCGUGCCGUGCUGUCUCAGCCCUGCAGCACGCUGCACCUCACCGUGCUUCGGGAGAGACGCUGCGGCGGCCGCGUGCACAGCCGCCCCGUGGGCGGCUCGCCCCCGGAAGAGGUUUUCCAGGUGGUUCUUCACAAACGGGACUCUGCCGAACAGCUCGGCAUCAAACUCGUCCGAAGGACCGACGAGCCGGGCGUCUUCGUCCUCGACCUGCUGGAAGGGGGGCUGGCGGCGCAGGACGGCAGGCUGAGCGGCAACGACCGGGUGCUGGCCGUCAACGGCCACGACCUGAAGCACGGGACGCCCGAGCUGGCCGCCCAGAUCAUCCAGGCUAGUGGAGAGAGGGUGAAUUUAACAAUCGCUAGACCAGGGAAACCCCAGCCUGGAAACGCUGUCCGAGAAGCAGGAACUCAGAGCAGCCAGCACCACACACAGCCGCUGCCUUACAGCAGACCCAGCUCACAUAAGGAUCUUUCCCAGUGUGUUACAUGCCAAGAAAAAAACAUUACUGUAAAGAAGGAACCACAUGAGUCCCUUGGAAUGACCGUAGCUGGGGGCCGAGGAAGUAAAAGUGGGGAACUGCCCAUCUUUGUGACCAGUGUGCCACCUCAUGGCUGCCUUGCACGUGAUGGCAGAAUCAGGAGAGGUGACAUCUUGUUGAAUAUCAAUGGCAUCGAUUUGACCAGUUUAAGUCACAGUGAGGCUGUGGCUAUGCUGAAGGCCAGCGCCAUGUCGCCCACGGUGGCCCUGAAAGCACUGGAGGUGCAGGUUGUGGAGGAGGCCGCCCAAGGCCCAGAUGAGCAGCCCAGCACUGUCAGCGAGAAUGAGUAUGAUGCCAGCUGGUCCCCGUCGUGGGUCAUGUGGCUUGGGCUGCCCAGUGCCCUUCACAGCUGCCAUGAUAUAGUUUUGCGAAGAAGUUACUUGGGAAGCUGGGGCUUCAGUAUCGUUGGUGGAUAUGAAGAAAACCACACCAAUCAGCCUUUCUUCAUUAAAACCAUCGUCUUGGGAACUCCUGCUUAUUACGAUGGAAGAUUAAAGUGUGGAGACAUGAUCGUGGCCGUAAACGGCCUGUCGACCGUGGGCAUGAGCCACUCGGCGUUGGUCCCCAUGCUGAAGGGGCAGAGGAGCAAAGUCACGCUGACAGUGGUCUGCUGGCCUGGCAGCCUGGUGUAGAUCCUGAAGCUGGUUUUAAGUCAAACAUCUUCCUUUUCUUAGGGCUUGGAAAGAAAACCCUUUGGUUUUGUCGAGUUUGUUUGUUAGGGGCUGCAGACACAGCUGGGUAUACGCAGGGUCAAAACCACUAGGCUCGUCCUUUGUUAUUUAAAUGGUUUCCUUCCUUUCGCCAGCUCAGUGCCCCUCUUCCACUAACCCUUGUGAGACCACAUUUUCAGAAUUCAGAUUCUCAGCUGUCAAAAUGUGAGCUAUAAUACAGAAUGAAGUCUGCCCAAACUGUGAGCCAGCCGGCUGGGUCAGACGACUUCUGGUGGCUCUGUUUUCAAUAACUGAGUCAUAAAACGAGUUCCACGUGCCCAAGACGGGCAGCGUGUGCUGCCCCUGGGGCGGCAGCGCUGGGAACGGACGCGCUCUGAGUUUGGAUAAGGCUUUUCCAGUUUACACCGGUGCCACAUUUCAAAACUUCAGACUGUUUAUAAGGUGAUUUUUCUGGCUUAUUUUAUUUCUACUUUAAUCUCAGUACUCAUAGAUGAGGACAUUAAGUCUGAGACCCCUAAAGAGAUUUUUAAAAAAUAAUGUACCAUUAUUAGAAUAGUAGAGAAUAAAAGAUAACACUAUCCAGUGACAAAGGAAUUUGGGAGAUAAUUAUAGUUUAGAGCUGGAGAUGGUAAAAGCUGCAUUUACUUGGACGGUCCAAAAGCAUUAAAGAUUCAUUUCCAAAAGAAUGUUUUGUUAUGUAGGAAAAUUUUGAAGCAGUUUUUGCUAAAAAUCGUUUUCUAGAGUUUGUAUUAUACUCCUAUCAGCAAACUUGGCUGGAAAUGUUUCUGUGAUUUAUGCAAUUAAAUUAGAUGAUAAAAAUGAAACCAUAUUGCUGUUAAAUGCACAUUCAUAUAUAUCACAGCUAAGUAGAAGACACACCUUUAUUUUAUUCUCUUGAGUGUUUUAGAAACCAUUAUUUUUCCCCAUUAUUUCUCUACUUAGUUAUUUCAGGAAAAAUUCUGAAAGAUACUAACAUCUGAAACCUGCUAUGCCAGAUUUUUAAAAAACUUUUCAAUCAGUCCUUGGUCACUAGACUAUCUCAUGUUUUUUGAAAUGUUUCUGAAAACUGACCAGCCCAUUUUGUUUGUCCUUUAACCAUCACGGUUGUCCAUUGGAAGCACACAUAAAUAAGUGAAUAAGAGGAAAGUCUUUACCUUAUGAAUAUUAUGCAUACUUGAAAAAAGUUUCAUUUAGAAAUCUAGUUCAGAAUCUGAGCUAAUUUACAAGUGACCUCUAAUAAAUGGUGUUGAUGGCCAGAGAAUGUAUUUGAGAAUACUACAGCAUAUUAUGAAGCAUGACCACUUUAUUUCAAAAACUUAGCAGUUGCCUUGCUGGGGUUUAUUGUUUCUGUAGCAUGUCACAGAUUAUUCCAGUGAGUUUUUUUUUUUUUUUUUUUUUUUUUUUUUUUGUGGUACGCGGGCCUCCCCCUGCCGCGGCCUCUCCCGUUGCGGAGCACAGGCUCCGGACGCGCAGGCCCAGCGGCCAUGGCUCACGGGCCCAGCCACUCCGCGGCACGCGGGAUCCUCCCAGACCGGGGCGCGAACCCGGUUCCCCUGCAUCGGCAGGCGGACGCGCAACCACUGCGCCACCAGGGAAGCCCUCCAGUGAGUUUUAUAACGAUUUUUUUUUUUUUAAACGUAUCUCUUGACUAAAUAAGAAAUGGCAACAAUAAUCGUUACUGACUUGUUCAACCCCUUAGCGACACUGUAUGAUCAGCAGUUAACCAAGAUACAGUGGAAUGCCCUAUGCAGUAUAUUACUGUUAUGUGAUGACUGGCUUUUGAAGCAAUUUGAUAUUGAAAUGCUUUGUUAUUCUAAUUGACACAGAACAAGUUUUUUUUCCUGCUCCCCAAAUAGAAUUUUGUAGCCUUCUUUGCUAUUUUUCAAAACAUUUUGUAAGAAUGCAUCAUUCUUGGGGAGUGGUCACCCAUCAACAAAUAUCCUAACUGCCACUUUGUUAUAAAUAAAAUGCUUACAGCGAACCUGGUGAUAAAAUGAAUAUUUUGAAAGACGACUUUUUGUCAAUAUUAUUUUUAUCAUGGAAAUCUUGAAAUCAGUUUAAGCUAAUUUGGUUUUGUUAUAAAAGACUAUAGCUUUUGGUCAGAAUGAUAUUUGGUGAUGGAAACUUGUUCAUAAUUUAUUGAUACUGUUGAAAUAUUUGAAUUCUCUCAUUUUAAGCUUAGAUAUUUUGAUUUGUUCUGUGCCUUCAGUUUAAACUACUUCAGGAUUUUUCAGAUGUGUUUAAAUAAUGGUGUGAUAAUCAUUUAGGAUGGAAAUAAAAAACAUCCUUUCCGUAAG